UUUCCAGGCGAUCCCGUCCGCAUCCAGGAAUCCAGAGUUUUGUUGAUCCAGAAAUCGUGACGGGCGGGUCGAGGUGGAAAUUGCGCGCCGAUCUUCAGAACUUUGAAAAGCGAAAAACCCACUUGUGAUAUCGCAAAGACCAAUUAAUGUAAAUGGAGUAUCAGAGCUUCAAUUUCUAUCUUUCACUGGAAAUGAUUUGAACGUUUUAACGCGAAAAUUGAAUUUUCCGAUGCGAAAAUCGGCGGCUUGUCAGGAAUUUUAUGGAAAUCGGCAAGACACCGUGAAAAUGUAAUGGAAAGUGACUUGGCAGCAUGGUUUUGCAGAAAUUCGUCUCUACUAGAUAUUGGUAUUCGCGCAGACACAGAAAACGUGCUCCCCUUGAAAGCUACUCGUUGAGCUGUUUGGCGGCUGGUGAACUGCCCGAUGGCCGCCCCUUUGCGGCCAUGCCGCCCGCAGCCAUGAGACCGGAAAGCGACAGUCCGCCGCCCCAACCGCAAGUUCCUCAAGUUCCGGUGCCGCCCCACGAGUUGGAGCUGCUCGCCAAGCUGGAGGCGGCCAACCGUCUGAUUGAGGCCGACGCCAAGUCGCUCGGGUCUCUUAGCGGCGCCUCUGGACACUCUCGGAAAGGUUCCGACACCAGCCAAAUCUCACUCACAUCAGGAACCAGUUCCACAACAGACCGCACAGAUGAAGGCGAAGAACUGUGGGCGAAGUGGAACUACAUCGUUACCAAUUGGGAAGAUCAAUGGAAGAAGCAGAACGUUCAAAUCCGGGAAUUGGUGCGACGGGGGAUUCCGCUCCAUUUUCGAGCCAUCGUUUGGCAGCUGUUGUGCUCUGCAGCUGAGGCUCCCGAAAAAAAGCUCUAUGCCGAAUACAUUAAGACCAAGUCGCCCUGCGAGAAAGUGAUCCGACGGGACAUCGCUCGAACCUACCCCGAGCACGAUUUCUUCAAAGAGAAGGAUGGUCUGGGACAAGAAUCUCUUUUCAACGUAAUUAAGGCUUAUUCGUUACAUGAUCGCGAAGUCGGGUAUUGUCAAGGGUCUGGAUUUAUCGUCGGGCUUCUUCUGAUGCAGAUGCCCGAAGAAGAAACCUUCGCCGUUCUAGUCAAAAUCAUGCAAGACUACCGAAUGCGGGACAUGUUCAAACCGAGCAUGGCCGAACUGGGGGUGUGCAUGUUCCAACUUGAGAGCCUGGUAGCUGAACUGCUGCCCGAUCUGAACCAGCAUUUCCAGUCUCAGAACUUUCACACUUCGAUGUACGCGUCCAGUUGGUUCUUGACGCUUUUCACCACCGCGCUCAGUUUGCCAUUAGCGUGCAGGAUCAUGGAUGUCUUCCUGUCCGAAGGCAUGGAGAUCAUCUUCAAGGUGGCAUUGUCGAUGCUCACCAUUGGAAAGGAGGAUUUAAUGUCGCUGGACAUGGAAGGCAUGUUGAAGUACUUCCAAAAGGAGCUGCCUGCCAAGGCAGAAGCCGACCCUGAAGGCCUGCUGCAAAUGGCCUACGGCAUGAAAUACAAUGCGAAGAAGAUGAAGAAGCUCGAAAAGGAAUAUCACGUGAUUAAGAGCAAGGAGCAGGAGGAAAUGACUGAGUUGAAGCGCCUUCGAACGGAAAACAAACAGUUGCGCCACAGAUGCGAAAUGCUAGAAGAAGAAAGCAAGGCCUUGGCCGACCGAUUGGUGCGAGGGCAAGUGAGUAGGGCCGAAGAAGAAGAAACCACUUUCGUGGUGCAGCGCGAGCUUGAAGUGCUGCGCUACACGCAUUUGGAGACCACCCAUCAGCUGGCGCUGGCCAACGAGAAGAUCCGCUCCCUGUCCCUGAUGAUGGAGGAAAACCAUUCCUCGCGCCAGUCAUCGAUCGAAGAAAUCACUCUGAAGCAGGAGCAGCUGCAGCAGCGCGAGGAAAUGAUUGAGUGUCUGCAGGAAGAGCUGGUGAAGGUGCGACUGAGAGAAGCGGAAAACGACGCUCUCAUCAGGGAUUUGCGCUCCCGAAUCCACGAGCUGGAAGAAGAUAAGAAAACUUUGCGGGAAACCACCCCCGAUAACAGCGUGGCUCAUUUGCAAGAAGAGCUCAUCGCGGUGAAACUGCGCGAAGCUGAAGCCAACCUCUCCUUGAAGGAUCUGAGGCAGAGGGUGUCGGAGCUGAGCAACCAGUGGCAGCGUCAUCUGCAAGACCACAAGUCGAAACCAGAGCCUGCCGCCUCUAGCGAUCCGCUCAGCACUCCCAAGAAGCUGCUGUUUGGCAACCGGAACAACGAAAUCCAGAAAAUCGAGGAGGAACUCAUGACAACGAGAAUCCGGGAGAUGGAAACCCUCACUGAAGUCAAAGAGCUGAGACUGAAGGUGAUGGAGCUGGAAACUCAGGUCCAGGUUGGAACCAAUCAGCUUCGGCGCCAAGACGAGGAAAUCAAGAAGCAGAGGGAGGCCCUGGAGUUGGCUGAGCUGCGCGACCGAAACGCCGCCGCCCGCCUAUUGGAGGAGCAGCGAAGAUACUCGAACUUGGAGAGCGAAAUGCAGGACGAACUGAUGAAGGCGCGAAUCAGUGACGCCGAGAAGACGCAAUCAGUUGCUGAGCUCACUCAAAAAAUCAGCCAACUUGAGCUACAGAGCCAGGAAAUUGCUACAGAGGGCGAGCUGCGAAUCCAUUCGGUUGACGACAGCGAUCGCGUGCGAGAACUUCAAGAUAAAGUCGCCGACCUGCAGGCAGAGUUCCCAACGCCAAUCACCAGCCCGGAAAUCGAGCCUUGGAAGUGGCUCGGUUAGGUGAACAGACUGGAGCGUCGUUCGAUAACAAACGGGCCGAGCAGCGGCGCCCGUCCUCAAUCUCAAAGAUCCUCAUCCAUUGACAGCACCGAUGAGGACAGCAAGUGCGACGAUCCUUCCCUAAGGUUGACCAUCGCGCCAGUUUCUCCCACCGAACCUCCCAAAACCUCCUUCAGCGAGCUGGGGGAAAACGAGUUCCCUAAGGACGCGAACAUGACAAAAAAAAUCAUUGUAUGACCAUGAGGGCUAACAGCUAGGAGUAAACAAUUUAAAAAUUAUGCCGGUUUAGCUAUCAAUAGAAGGAAGCCUAUGAGAAACGUUUGCCAAAUGUUGAAUAAUCACUUAAUUAGAGCGCCAAUAUAGGAUUCAAUUGUAAAUACAAAAA